AACUUUUGACAAACUCAAACAAACCCAUAGAAGCCUCUGGCUCAGUCUCAAGCACUCACUCCCUCUACCCCUCACAGACGACGGACACAAGUGCACAGCUACGCUCACGCCUCUCAGACCCGCCAUCUUGGUGCUCUGCUUCCGUCACGGCUCACGGUGCUCUCAUCUCCGUCUCCUCCCUCAUCCGUUCGCGGCAAGUUGGCUUCACUCGCUCUCGCUCUCAGGUAGUUCUCGCCUCUGCCUUUGUUCUCGGCAUCCCUGGUACUCGGCGUCCCUGACGGUAUUCUCGCCUCUGUUCUCAUACUCAGCGCCCCCUGCAUGAGAAGAUGGGUUCCAUUGAUGCUUAACUGAGGUUUCUGGCGCUGGGAAAGUGUAGCGAAAGGGAGACACUUUGAGGGUUCUGGUCUGGCUCUGAUCUACAGAGCGCGCGGCCAUGGCAGGCUCCGUUCCGAAUAGCAAGGGCUCCACUUCUUCCAAUCGUAAAAAUUUUCGAUGCCAUCACUGUGCAGGGCCCCUCUCGAAAGAUAUGGAAACCAGUGAUUGGACCGUUUCACCCCUCAUUAGGGAUAGCUUUUCUAUGAUUGGUUCAGCGGUUGGUGGCACGGCAAGUGCAUUUUAUGGAUUUAACCACGUUAUGCCGGUUGUUCGAAGAUGGGUAAAAGGACCCAUGUGGUUGCAUUUUCUCGUGGGUACGCCACCUGUGAUUGUGUUCUCUUCAGCCUGUGCAGGUCUGACAGGUGGGGCUGUUCCUGCUAUAGCACAGCUCGUUUCAUCGUCGUAUCAUGCAGCACGCUCAUCCCGUACCCUACCUCCGCCUGCAAACGAUGAGAAGAUUCACAAGUCUAGAACUUCCUCCACUCUUUAAUUUAGCUAUACAAUGGCUUUCUUCCCCCAGGGCAGGCAUGCACGUUGGUUGAACAAAGAAAGCUUUGUUUUCCUCUUGUAAAUGACGUCCUUCAUUUUUGUCCAGUUCUGCGCGAAGCAACACUUGCGUGAAGUGUGAACCUUGUAUUGAGGUCACAUUGUUUAUAAGUAGGAGACCUUGUGAAUUUUUUAUUUUUUUGGGGUCAAAAUAGAAGACCUGUGAUUUAGUUCUUAUAAAAUUUUAAAAGCAUGUCCCUCAAGUGUCCUUAUUUCUCCGCGUCCUUAUUGGACAGAACCUUUUUUAGGCCUUAAAGGAAAAGGUUGCAAGGCACGGUUCUGUUUCAGAUAUUUUUGGCCCAACUCCGCUUUAUGCUCACGGAUGAGGUUGAUCUUUGAGUUUUGUAGAAAAUAAUUCUUUGGUGUACUGUUUGGAUUUUGGAAACUAGACGAUCCAAGGAGGAAGUAAUACUAAUUUAUCAUAUUCUAGAGGCUUCAA